UGAUGUCUCAAAAGCAAAAAAUGAAACCGAUGAGUGCAAUGACUGCAGCUAGUGCGACCGCCGCAAUUGUUGACGUAAUCAGUGAAUCUGCUGAAGCAAAAACUUCCUUGCCUUAUACGACAAUUGAAAAAUUGGAGCAACACGGGAUACACAUAAAUGACAUCAAAAAACUUCGAGCUCAUGGAUUCUACACGGUCGAGUCUGUUGCAUUCGCCCCUAGAAAGGAAUUGGAGAAAGUUAAUGGAAUUGGAGAACAGAAAGUUGAAAAGAUCUACGGAGAAGCUAAGAAACUUGUUCCAAUGUCGUUUACUCUUGCUAGUGUUGUCCAUGUAAAGCGCUCUCAACUAAUCUUGAUUGAGACUGGCAGUCGAGAAUUAAACCGACUUUUGGGUGGUGGAAUUGAAACGAGUUCUAUUACAGAGGUUUUUGGCGAAUUUCGAACAGGCAAAAGUCAGUUGUGCCACACUUUGGCUGUUAUUUGUCAACUUCCAGUGGAUAUGGGAGGUGCAGAAGGGAAAUGUCUUUGGAUUGAUACAGAGGGAACUUUUCGACCUGAAAGACUUUUAGCUGUCGCGGAAAGAUACAAAUUAGACGGUCAAAUGGUCUUAGAAAACGUUGCAUAUGCUCGUUGCUACAACACAGAUCAUCAAAUGCGUUUACUAAUGGAGGGGGCUGCAAUGAUGGCAGAAUGUCGAUAUGCUCUAGUGGUGGUUGAUAGCUUAAUGGCUCUGUAUAGAACAGAUUAUUCUGGCCGUGGAGAAUUGUCAGCAAGACAGCAACAUCUGGCGUGCUUUCUACGCGGAUUAAUGAAGCUUGCUGAGGAGUUUGGCGUUGCAGUUGUUGUUACAAACCAAGUAGUCUCUCAAGUUGAUGGUGGAAAUAUGUAUCAAGCAGAUCCUAAAAAGCCUAUUGGUGGAAAUAUAUUAGCUCAUGCUUCGACUACAAGAUUGUUUUUUCGAAAGGGAAGAGGACCUCAACGAAUUUGCAAGGUUUUCUUUUAUCUUUUUAUUUUACUGGUAUAUGUGGGUUAUUUCUACCCUUUUGUCCCAAUCUAUGACUCUCCAUGUCUACCAGAAAGUGAAUGUACUUUUGAGAUAACUGGACAUGGAAUUGAUGACAUCCAAGAAGAAUAAUAAAAUUGACUGAAAGAUUUGUUUGACGUGGCAAUUUAACAAAAAACAAGUUUGUGAAUAUUGACGGGUUUGAUUUUUUUAUUUUUCUGUUUCUAUAUUUUUUUUUUCGCCACGAAUUCCAAGAAAAAUGCAUUUUAAUUUUUUUGUUGUUGUCAAAAUUU